AUGUGUCUUGGCAGGCGCUCGCCGCUGUGGCCGCUGGCCAGAGGGAAUGUUCUGGAGCUGCCAAGACGGGAGGAGACUCGGGCUGGCUACUCCCCGGGCGAACGGUGCUCCCUCCUCCCUGCCCCUCGUCACAGUGUUAGGAGCCAGGAGGGGCUGCCUCUCGGACUCUGCUUCCCCACCUCCUGUGUCAGGAGUGUGCCCGGCGCCACCCCUCACCCCCGCUGCUCCCGUCCGCACAGACAGUGGGAGGCGGCAGGCGGCGGUGGGGAGGUCGCCCCCCGGAAAAGCGGGCUCCCCAAGCCUGGCACCCGGGGCCCGCUCAGCGCCCGGGGUCGAGAAGCCCUCACUGUGGAUCGGUCAACGGGCUCCGCCUUAGAUCAAUCGCUUGGACACUAA